GAAGGCCGUGGCCCCGCCCGGCGGCCGCCCGGGAGGGUCUAUAAAUAGGAGCGGCGCGAGCCCCAAGUCGGACUGCUUUGACUUCGGCCGUUCCUCGCGCAGGCGCCGUGGUCGCCUCGGAGCCCCGCGCCCCGCCGCCCGCAGGGUCCUAGCGCCCGCCCCGUUCCCCGCCGGAGCCAUGAAGGUGGGCCAAGCCCUGUCGCCGGGGCUGGGCACGGGCCCCGGGACGGCCCCGGCCCCGGCGCCGGGCGACAUGAAGGGCUGCUACUCGCGGCUGAAGGAGCUGGUGCCCACCCUGCCCCAGGACCGGCGGGUCAGCCGCGUGGAGAUCCUGCAGCACGUCAUCGACUACAUCUGGGACCUGCAGCUGGAGCUGGACUCCCAGGACGACGCCACCGAGGCCGCCGCCGCCGCCGCCGCCGCCGCCGCCGCCCCCAACCCCGCCGCCGCCCCCGGCCCGGGACCCCGGCCUCUGCCCGCCGAGGCUGCCCGUGUCGGGGCCGACGACCGAAUCCUGUGCCGCUGAAGGGGAGACCCCCCCCCGCCCCCCGAGACCCCCCUCAUCCCUCCCCAGCGAGGCCGGGGGCGGGGGGGCCAAGAAGAAGUGGUGGCCACAAGCCACGUUUCCGGCUGGACUAAGCGACCCGAGCUGGACGCCUCCCCGCCCUCCCCACCCACUAAAUACCUCCAGGGUGGUCAUCCCCCUGCCGUAGAGCCCCGAGGGGAUCGAAGGCCGCCUCUCCUCCCCGCCGACCGCGGGGCGCUGGACUGUGUGCAGUUUUAUUUUUUAAAUACUAAAAAAUGGAGUCACGUCCUAGCCUUCUCAGAUUUCUGAGGAAAAAAAGAGAAGAUACUGAUUGCCCGUAUUGUAUAUUACAAUGACUGCCUACCGAGAAUAUUGUUUUACAAUAGGUUGCCGGGUUUUUUUGUUAUUAAACAAAUGUUCAUUAUAAA